AGACCCUUCGGAAUCUCUCAUUUGGGAUAUUUUCCGACGAAGAAAUCGAUACAUGCAACAAAAUGAUGCGAAGCAGUCAAAAAUUCAUUCCCCCGACACGCAGUAGCGCUCGUCUAGUGAAUCCCGCUAGUGAAGAGCCCAUUAGAGCUCCUAAAUGUCGGCGCUUGUACAGAGACCCAGCAGAGUGCAUUUUCAGCAGUACUCCAGUACUCAGUACCGUCACAGAAACAAACUUCCGAAGCCCGGAUGCCAACAAUAAAAACAAUGAAGAUGUGCCCUCCAAGGGCGAUAUUGUCAGAAGAAAAAAGAGGACCUUGUUGGAGAAUGUAAACCAAACGAUAACAGUAACACCAGAACAGGAAGUAGCCCAAACUUUGUCAGCAAGUCCAAUGCUAACUCAGACAAAUUCCAUUCACAAACAGAAAAACAGAAUUUUUGAAAAGAAUCACAUAACAUCAGACCCCAUCCCUGCAGUGCAGAAGCAACUAAGAGAUGUACCUUCCACAUCAAACGACUGUGCAAGUAUCUUCAACUUUACCCCAAGCCCUCCUCCCAAGCGCAAAACCAUCGCUGCAUCUGAGAAGAAGAAGAUUAGCUUAGAAGUUCUGUUAACCAUAUACAAGAUGAAGAAUCAAUUACAAGUUCUACGAGAACGCCGGGAAGAUUUAGCAAGGACGAGGAAGAAAACCCAGGAGAUAUGCGGAGAAGAAUGAGGUUUACAUGAUAAAUCGUAAAUAUUUACAUGUAGAUAUAGAGAAUUAAUGUGACCUCAUUCGAGGGCGAGAGCGUCAUGAAACUCGCAACAUCUUGUAAUACGAUAAAGAAACACUCUUACAAUAUGUUCUGUUUUCACAUGCUUAUUUCUUACAUGCGUAAAAAAAAAGAACAAAAAACGGAGAAUGUUUCCCCCAACAAGCUAAGAAGUAAAUUAAUGACGACUUAAAAUACUGUUUUUUUCUGGGAAUAUUUAAUCAAUUACCAGGUUGACAUACAAAAUUCAAAAGACAAAUGUUGAUAAUAAAGAUAUUUGUAUUUUAAAGCAUUAACCAAAUGUCAGCUAUAUUUUUGAAUAAAAGA